AGCCUUCCCCAGGCGAGAAGCAACAAGGUCAAAGAAUGCAGGGCUGCAGGAGAGGAUCAUCUCCCAGGCAGUCAAAGGUCCAGGGAGGAUGAGAGACACAUGGAGCUGACUUAGAGCCCACCCAAAGCCUGGAGCCAAGCCUAACCCAGCCUGAUCUAGGCUGUGGAGUGCUGGACCUGAGAUCUCCACCUCCUGUGUCUUCCAGAAGUUGCCAGAAACAAUGUUCAUCUUUUACAUGUUGGUAAUGAGUGUUUCAGCCUUCACCAUUCAGCCUGAGGAACACGCAGUGGCUGCAGAAAACUGCGAAUUUCUUGGCAAGCAUUUCAAAACCGACUUCAGGGUAGAAGGGGAGCCUGUGGUCCUGAGGUGCCCCCAGGCGCAGCUCUGGUUGUGGGCGUCUGUCAGCCCCUAUGUCAACGUGACGUGGCGUAAAAACGAUUCUACUAGAAAGGUCCCUGGGGAAGAAGAGACGCGAAUGUGGAUCCAGGAUGGUGCUCUCUGGAUCUUGCCAGCCUUGCAAGAGGACUCUGGCACCUACAUCUGCACUAUCAGAAAUGCCUCUUACUGUGAUGAAAUGUCCAUUGAGCUCCGGGUUUUCGAGAAGACAGAAGCUUCCCUGCCUUUCAUAUCGUACCCGCAAAUUCUAACCUUGUCAACCUCUGGGUCCUUAGUUUGCCCUGAGCUGAGUGAAUUCACCCAUAACAAAAUGGACGUGAAGAUUCAGUGGUACAAGGAUUCUGUCCUUUUGGAUCAAGACAACGAGAAGUUUCUAAGUGUGAGGGGAACCUCUCGCUUACUCAUCCAAAAUGUGUCUGUGGAGGAUGCGGGUUAUUACACUUGUGCCAUGACAUUCACCCAUGAAGGCAUGCCGUACAACGUGACUAGGAACAUUGAACUACGUGUUAAUAAAAAAGAAGAGGAGACAAUUCCUGUGAUUAUCUCCCCCCACCAGACCAUAUUAGCUUCACUGGGAUCAAGACUGACAAUCCCGUGUAAGGUGUUUCUGGGAGCCGGGACACAGUCGACCACCAUGCUCUGGUGGAUGGCCAACAACACCAGAAUAGAGAAUGCCUACCAGGGAGGCCGCGUGGCCGAGGGGCAGCGCCAGGAAUACUCAGAGAACAAUGAGAACUACAUCGAAGUGCCACUGGUUUUUGAUCCAGUCAUAAGAGAGGAUUUGAACACGGAUUUUAAAUGCCUUGUCCGUAACACACUGAGUUUUCAGACGCUCCGUACCACGGUCAAAGAAGCUACCACAUUCUCCUGGGGGACCGUGCUGGCCCCCCUCUCCCUGGUCUGCUUGGUUUUGGUGGGAAUAUGGAUGCACAGACGGUGUAAACACAGAACUGGAAAAGCACAUGGUUUGACCACGUUAAAGACUGGCUAUUAAGAUUUUCAAUCUUACUCAAGUAAAAUAAAGACAAUAAAACGAU